AUGUCAACGAAUGAUAAUGCAAUUAUUUGUGAGAUUGUUUCACAAAUUGGCGACAUACCUAAACUUCCGAAAAAAUCAAACGAACGACUUGAUGAUCUGUUGCAGAUAGCACUAUCCAAACCAAAAUCAAAUCUAAAAAUAUUAGAACAGUUAAUUUGUAAAGUUUGUCAUGCACGAAAACAAAAUAUUAAUGCUUACCCGUUUUUACAAGGAAUUCAGAGUUUGUUAAAGUCUCAAUUGAAAGAACACGAAAGUAUGUUAUCCGUUGAACGUGAGAGUUAUGAUGAGGAAGAAUGCUGCUGUAGCACGCUUAAAUCGGAUUUAUUUUCUUGUCGAGCUAUAAAUGAAAAUUAUAAAAGUUGUCGAUGCUGCAGGCGACAGAAUAAUACUGUAAGUAUAAAAACGGUUAAUCUUGGAAGACAAGUAAAUGAAAUGAUGAAUGCGCACACACAAAACUUACCCCAUUUAUCGAACGGUAAGGAAACAAAGGCCACAGUCAAUCAGUUCCUUAAAUUUGGCGCGGAAGCAGAUAACGAUCAGGAUCGACGAGAUGAAAUUAGACAGACGCCAGAUAAAUUUGAAAAAGUAGAGAAAACUGCCAUAGUUCAUCAGCAAGACAUAUUUGGCAAACGGGCAGGUGACUUUCCACAAAGUGGUUUCGGACCAAGAUAUGAAAUGUCUGAUCGAGGUUCAGGCGACCUUCGACAAGUACAACAGAGAAUCAGCAAACAGCAAAGGGCGAAUUCUCCAAUUAAUGAGGCAACAUAUGAUAAAAGUCACACCGGCAUUAGACAAGAAGCGUUGAGGUCUGCAGGACAAAACUAUGAAUUUGGAAGCUUUAGAUCAAAUCAGAAACUUGAUCCACAUGGACUGCGAGCCAACCGAACUUUUACUUUUGAUAAUGGUAGUGGUGUUCCACGGCCUUCAUCCGUUUGUUUAGGAAGUAAAGGCACUGAUGAUUAUAGAAAUGAGAGAAGUCCAAUAGCACAUUGGAAUAAUUUUCAACAAGCUCAACUACAAUAUCGACUGAACAGUGUAAAACCGUCUAGAAGUAUAAUUAGACCAAACAGGGAUGGCAUGGAUGAGUCAGUAAAAGAAGCAAAAGGUAGUAAACGCGAAAUUAGUUAUCAAUAUAACGAAAUGGGUGCACGUGAACUUGUCAAUCGUGUACGAACGGAAAUCAGUAAUUUGAUUGAUCAACAACAACAUUUAUCGAGUCACAACCAGCCUCAAAAUCAGAAUCAAUAUUCAGAUGAAGACGAAUCUUCUGUAAAUUCCGAGGAGGAGAAAGAAAACAAAUUUUCAUCAACAACCAAGAAGAACAAAAGGAAAAGUUUAAAAGCGAAGAAAAGGCAUAGGAAUAAGGAUAGCAGAAAAAAAAAGAAGAAAGAUUCAAAAGAAAAGAAAAUCAAAAAAUCGAUUAAAUUAACCAGAACUGAAGAUCAUAAGAAGAAACCAGAAACAACGGCAUUGUCAUUGAGCAAUGAAGAGGCCAUGACAGAUACGUUUGCAGGAGGUACGCAAGAAAUUUUGAAAAAGGGUGUUAGCACAUUGUCAAAUGAAACACUAGCAGAAAUACCUACACUUUUAGACGAAAAAGUACCAGAUGCUCCCUUAUCACAGACAGUAGUCUACACACAGCAUGCAGUUGAUUGCAAUUGCUGUUGUAAUUUCCUCCAUUAUACUGUACGCAAAUUGAUGAGAGAGAGUGAACAAAUGAAAUUGUUUGCAAAAAAUGCUCUUCAAGCGGGUAUGGAUCCAAAAAAAAUGAAACCAAGUGACGGUUGUACUGGAAUCGCUAUACCAUUGUAUGGCUGUGUAAUAAAUGAUGAGGGGAUUAAUAAACUUUAUUCGUCAGAAGUGACAAUGACAACCAUUACACAACAAGAACUUCGAGGUGAUCUAGUAAAAGGAAAAUGGAAUAAAAGUAAAACGGAUGAAAAACAAAUUGUUCUACAAAGUAUACAGACGAAUCGUGGUGAAAUUAAAAUUAAACUUGACCUAGAUUCAUUUGGUUUGGCACCGUUUUUCUCCGAACAAUAUGAACAAUUUGUAAAAGCACAACCUAAUUCUGGAUUUAUAAAUGAUUUGAAGCAAAAAUAUAAUCAACAGAAACAUAUUUUUAGUGGACCACACUAUUGUUAA